AACAGUGUGUGUGCGAUAUUAAACUGGGAAAGUACGGAACUGUCUGAAGAAUACGCUGUACUUUCGUUUUCGCUUUUGUUGCUGAGUAAUUAGGCGUCAUGGCUUCUCUGGAUAUUCACCUCGGGUCGAAGAAACAGGUGGAUGACUUCUGCCAAAAUCUCACCAAGGAGGCAGAAGAGCUGCUUUCUAAAUUUUUCCCUCAGAAGAUUGAAGAGCUGCAGAUGCUGCUGAAGACAUCUUUCAGCUGCGAUGACCUGGAGUCCUUGAAGGCUCCGCUGGACAUCCCAAUACCGGACCCCGUUAAGGAGGAGGCCAAACGCAAGAAGAAGGAGGAGAAGGAGGCGAAGGAGGGGAAGAAAGACAAGGAGAGCGAUAAAGAGGAGGAAGAAUCAGGGCCUCCGUGUGGUCCCAUCUCCAGCAACGAGCGGGUGGAGAGUCUCCUGCAGCAGGUCAAACCCGAGAUCCAGACACUGAAGGAGAAGCUCAACACGGUGUCAAUGUGGGUGCAACUCCAAAUUCCUAGGAUUGAAGAUGGUAACAACUUCGGAGUGGCCGUACAGGAGAAAGUGUUUGAGCUGCUGACCAACACACGCACCAAGAUCGAAGGAUUCCAGACUCAGAUUUCAAAAUAUUACAGCGAGAGAGGUGACGCUGUGGCCAAAGCCUCCAAACAAACCCACGUGGGAGACUACAGACAGCUGGUUCAUGAGCUGGACCAGUAUCAGUACUGCGAGCUCCGCCUCGUGGUCUUGGACAUCCGCAACACAUAUGCGGUGCUGUUCGACAUCAUUAACAAGAACUACGACAAGAUUAAGAAGCCCAGAGGAGACGGGAAAGCUCUCAUCUACUGAGGCCGACCCCAGGUCCAGGCUCCCUCCUCUGCUUUUCAACAAGCGACAACUCGUGUAGUAUGACACUCUCAUCUAGUAACGAUACACCCGCCCCGACAAAGAUGGCUUCAUUUUCUUCUCGUGCAUGAAUUUUGGUUCAGAUUACAGAAAUAAAGCAACUCGAUUCCUA